AUGGAGAAUAUAAACCAGGCUGUGUCCGAUGCCCUGGAAACACAUCGUUCAAACCGAAUCCUAGGUGACCUGCCUACCGAAAAGCUGAACCCUGAAGACUAUCUGGCCUCCACUCGUGAAAUAAUCAAAGGCCUCGUCGAUUCUUGGAAAGAAAAGGCGGAUUUGCGGCUCUUGGCGGUGGAAGUUUGGCCACGACACACCUACUUUGCACUCGAUUUCAACAACGACGAGUACAACUAUGCCAACGCCCACAUGUUGAGAUGGAAGUUCGUCCCAACCCUCGUUUGCUUCAUACCUGUCUACCUGCUUCGGCUCUCCAGGCAAAGCAAUACCUGGAAAAUCUUUCGGCACAAGCCCACAGACUCAUCGCUCGCCAAAAGAAUUGCGGACCUACAUGAAGGCAAUGGGCAGGAUCCCACUCCCUUCCUUGAAAACCACAUCAAAGGCGUGAUACAUUAUGCUCCUCAGAAUAGCAAAAUCUCUACCUGA